AUGAAGAAAGUGGUUGUCUGCUGGGACGGGUCGGACGGAGCGAAGCGCGCACUGAAGGCUGGACAGAGGCUGGUGGACGAGAACAUCGGCGAGAUGGUGGUGCUGCACGUGAGCGAAGUCUUCGAACCCCGCGGACCCGACGGGCAACCCCUCAAGCCCUCCUCCGAAGGUGGAGUGUUGGACGUGUUGUCGAUGGUGAACCCGAUGGAACACGAGCUGCGGCACAUGAACGACGUGAACGAGCGAGAGAAGGCGCAGAAGGCGCACGAUGAAUUCGAGAACCUGGCCGACGAAGCUCCCAAGGAGCGAUUCACGUAUGAGAACAAGGAAGCCCACUCUGCGAGGGAGGCCAUCUGCGAGGAACUGGAGAAGCUGGGCAACGUCGAUCUUGUAGUCAUGGGCACCCGCGGCCUGGGCAUCGUGUCAAGGCUGGUUCUCGGUUCGGUGUCCGAGUACGUGGUCCAGAACGCCCAUUGCCCGGUUAUGAUCGUCAGAUAG